AUGAGCGGUGCCGAGGCCUCCUUUGUCGUUGGUCUUAUUUCGGGCACAAUCUCAAUCAUUGAGGCAAUCAAAACGGUAUAUGAUGCUGCCAAAGACGCACAAGGUCAGCCAGAGACAUUCCGUCAGGUAGCUGCACGACUGCCACUAGUGAUCAAAAUCCUCCAAAGCGCUAGAUGGACGGCACAGGCGCUCGACGAGAUUGCACAGGAGGCAUUAGAACCCACCCUAGAGUCAUGCAAAGCGAAGGCUGAGGCCCUCCAGAAAAUAUUCAAGAAGGUUGUUCGGAAGGAUGACGACAAGUGGUACGAUCGAUACAAGAAGGCCACAGUGGCUACCUUAGGAAAACAGGUGCUGAUGGGAACUGCCACCGAUGCCGACGUGAAGGAGAUCAAAGAGGCAAUGAAACAGAUGAAAGAUAUGCCUUCCUCUCUCCACGACGAGACAGCGGAUGUGGCGACAAUAUUGGGGCCACUGGUGGGUCAAUCCUGA